AUGGUGAAAACAUCUGCGCUCGCUUGGGAGGAUGGGCGGCACUGUCCAAAGAACGUCAUAGGUAAAGCGAGUGCGGAAACUACGGCUACGGUCGAUUUAUUACAUGUCAAUUUUCGGGGUUUGCAAUUACCCAAGGAUCAGUCCUCUCCGCAAGUGCCCAUUUUUCUCGCCGAACAGCCCUCGAACCCCGAACCUCAUGGUUCAGAUCUAGAAGCUUAUACAGUGGAUAAUCUAUCUUUCCCCGAGAAGAAUACAUAUUCUCGAUCCCCAUCGCCGAUUCAGCACCACAAGCGUCUCACGUUAUCUAUCACUGCCUCCACCUAUGAUGAGGCGAACAUACCGUUGGUAGGAGGUAUUAGAGACGACUGCUUACGAUGGAAAUAUGAGGCGGAAUUUGCAGAGGGUACUGUUACAACUCAAGGGGGUCUGGGGUAUAGUGGUGGAACUUGGAAAAAUGACAUGAGGAUUGGUGAGGGAGGUUUAUAA